AUGGAGCUGCGAAAGUGCUGCAACCACCCCUACCUCUUCACAAACGGCAUGCCGCCCGUGGGGGAGGUCAAUGCGCAGGACACUGCGCGGCAGCAGCUGAUCGCGGCCAGUGGUAAGCUUGAGCUGCUGGACAAGAUGAUGACGCGCCUCAAGGACAGGGGGCACAGGUGGGGGGGGUCUUGA